AUGUUGGACCUAUUCGAUUUUGUCACCGAGCGCGGUGGUGAUAUUAAGAAGAUUAAGGAGAGCCAGCAGAAGCGCUUUGCUCCCGAGGAGUCUGUUGAUGAGGUGAUUGCGCUCUACGAAGAAGCCCGCCGUGCCCGUUAUGAUGUUACUCAGUUCGGUUCCACGAUCAACGCGGUCCAAAAGGAGAUUGGAAUGAAGAAGAAGAACAAGGAGGACGCCACCGAACUUCUCCAAAAGAAGGCAGAAUUGGAGAAGCAAAAGAAGGAACUCGAGGACGCCGCCGUCGCGAAGGAAGUGCAGCGCGAUCGUAAGAUCCGCACCAUUGGAAACUACGUCCACGAAUCCGUGCCCGUGAGCAACGACGAGGCAGACAACCAGCUCAUCAAGACAUGGGCUCCCGAGAACGCCCAGAUGGACCGCCCCGGUUGCCUCUCCCACCACGAGGUGUUGACCCGUCUCGAUGGUUACGACCCUGAGCGCGGUGUCAAGAUCGUCGGCCACCGUGGUUACUGCCUGACUGGCUACGGUCUCUUCUUGAACCUCGCCCUGAUUAACUACGGUCUGGAGUUCCUGUUCAACAAGGGCUACACUCCCAACCAGCCCCCUCAGUUCAUGCUCCGGGAUCUCAUGGCUAAGACUGCCCAGCUGGAGCAAUUCGACGAGGAGCUCUACAAGGUGACCGAGAGCGAAGACAAGGCCACUGACAAGUACCUCAUCGCUACCUCUGAACAGCCCUUGUCCGCCCUGCACGACAGCGAGUGGCUCCAGGACAAGGAACUUCCCAUCAAGUAUGCCGGAUACAGCACAUGUUACCGCAAGGAAGCCGGUUCCCACGGCAAGGAUGCUUGGGGUAUCUUCCGUGUCCACCAAUUCGAAAAGAUUGAACAAUUUGUUCUCACCAAGCCCGAAGACUCGUGGCAGGCAUUCGAGGAUAUGAUGAACACCUCCGAGGAAUUCUACAAGUCCCUUGGCCUUCCCUACCAGAUUGUCGCCAUUGUUUCAGGUGCCCUGAACAACGCGGCUGCCAAGAAGUACGAUCUGGAGGCUUGGUUCCCCUUCCAGAAGGAGUACAAGGAGCUUGUCUCUUGCUCCAACUGCACUGAUUACCAGUCCCGCGCUCUGGAGAUCCGAUACGGUGUCAAGAAGGCCACCGAUCUGAAGAAGACCUACGUUCACGCCCUUAACGCCACUCUUUGUGCCACCGAACGUACCCUCUGCUGUGUGCUCGAGAACUACCAGAGAGAAGAUGGUAUCGAAGUCCCCGAGGUCCUGCGCAAGUAUAUUCCCGGACAGCCUGAAUUCCUCCCUUACACCAAGGAGCUCCCCAAGGAGACUACUUCUAACAAGGCCAAGAAGUCCAAGGGCACCGAGGCUCCCACCCAGAAGAUGGAGAACCUUAAGGUCUAG